AUGUCGCGCGAAGAUGAGCCCCUCCUGGGGUCGCCAAGAAGCCCAUCGCUCCGCUCCUACCUACGCCAUGAACUCGAUCCCACCCAUGGCGACCUAAUCCUCCUAUUCUGCUACAUCAUCACCGGGCUCCUCGACAGCUCCGCCGUCUUCAUCUGGGGAUCCUUCGUCAGCAUGCAAACAGGCAACACCGUUUACUUCGGCCUCGGCCUCGUAGGCACCAAUGACGACCGAUGGAUCAAAUCCGGCGUCUCCAUCGCCGGCUUCUGUCUUGGCUCCCUGUGCUUUGCCGCCUUCCACCGCGUAUUCCCCGCCCGUCGACGAUGGGUGCUCUGUGCAUCGUUCCUUGCGCAGACCGUGUGCGUUGCGCUGGCUGCGCUGAUCGUCACGCUCUUCCGCCCUUCCCGGGAUGCGCCUUUGAGCUGGCUGGUCCUGCUUCCGUUGGCUUUGGUCGCGUUUCAGAGUAGUGGGCAGGCGGUGUUGAGUCGUGUGUUGAGUUUCAAUGGUUUGACGAGUGUGGUGUUGACUAGUAUUUAUUGUGAUUUGUUUUCGCAUCCGGACUUUCUCUCCACUAAGGUGGUGGGACAGGUGGAGGAGAGGCGGCGGUUCGGCGCGGUGCUGUGUUUGUUGUUGGGUGUGGUCUUGGGAGGCUUGUGGGCGCAUAGCUCGAUCGGCAUGAUGGGGGCGCUGUGGACUGCUGCAGGCUUCAAGUUGCUGAUUGUUGUCGCGUGGCUGCUAUGGAAACCAAAGAGCGAUGCGGAUUGA